AGAUCUGUAUCCAAUUAUGCGAAAGAAUAAAUAAGCCCAGCACAUGUUUCCAGAGUGUAUGUGUACGUGUGAAGCUGCUACAUUGCAUAUUGAUUGAUGGUACUACUAUACACUAUACUAUGACAAGUGAUAUUUCAGUACCCCCUACUAAGAAGCGUCGCUCGAAAUGGGACAUGGUUACCACUGAAACAGAAACUACAACCAGUGGUGCAGCAGCUGCUGCUGCCGCUGCAAAGAUAAAUGCGAUGUUGGCCGCCAAAGGAAAACUAACUAAACCAGAUAAUGUUAUUUUGCCUCCCACCAAACCCACUCCACUAGGUACCUUGACCAGACCCACUAUUGGGAGGGCAACCCUUCUGGCUCCACCCCAAAAUGCCCCUCUACUAUAUUCCACACCACCCUCAAGCCAUUCGUUUAUUCAAGAAAAGGUGUUUGUUGGACUCGAAGGAGCUUCAAACCAAUUCAAUUUGGCGGACCGUGUCAAGGGGCCGGACAACUCAUAUCUCAACCACAUAUCUGCUCAGACAGGGGGAAAGGCAUUCCUCCGGGGGAAGGGGUCAGGCUUUAUCGAACCUACUUCUGGGAAAGAGUCGUUUGAAGCCCUGCAUAUCUUUAUUAGUCAUGUCAAUCAGGAAGGUGUAAACAAUGCCCGCAAACUGUGUCAGAGUCUGGUAGAUACAGUCAAAAAGGACAGCAUCGCGCAUAAAGCCUCUCAGUCUGGACCACUGGGGUUUGGGGCUGCUCCACACUACAACAGUAAUGCUGGUACAGCAUGGCCUGAUAGCAAGGAGCAUCCCACACGAAAAUCGAGGGUUACGCCCCCUUUUGACGUCAUUUCCGGUGGGCCAGCACUAGUUAAUCCCUACUCCCUGCAAGCACCAAAUUACCAUGGAUAUCGGGCUCCACCCCCUCCUCAUGACAGUUUUUAUCAUCAUCCAGCUCCACAAGCUCAUGCAGGUCAUCACCCAUACAACUAUCCUGGUCCACUCCCAGGAGGCUACUAUGCUCCCGAACAGCCUCCCUACCCGUACUGCCAUCCACCACCUCCACAGGAUGUAAAUGCUGGACUACCAAAUGCUUUCGUAGAUUACAGACCUUUCGACAAAGUUGAUGUCGCCAAUGCCGAUGUCCAAGUCAAAAGAGGUUUCACAGAAGAGGCUGAUAACAGUGUCCCUGUCCAGACAGAGCCUGGCACUAAGAGAAAAUUUAUCGAGGUCAACGUCCCUACUACAAGAUGUGUGGAAAAACAGCCACCUGUUAGUAGAACAUUUACGGAGGAGUUUGCACCUAGCAAUAGAAACUUCACUGAAAAACCAGCUGAGGUGGUUACUGGAUCUCCAAACGAUAGUGAACUAAUAGUGGGUAGGUGGCAAACUCUCUCUCAGCCGUCUACCAUCAGACGAAUUGCUCUCAGUGAGGCAAAAGAAAUCGACAAGACAAAGGACCUUAUGCCACCACCUUCAUUGCCGGGGGGGUUGAAAGGUCAAAAACUGAAACAACAAGAUGAAGCUGCCGUUGAAGGAGGCAACGAAAAGAAUGUAGGGGUAAAUAUGCUGGGGCUGGCCCACUAUGCUGAUGACAGUGACUCUGACAAUGACAGCUAAUUUAACUUUUAAUUCGAUGACACUUUCUUCAUUUUGUACAAAAUUAAUUGCCAUGGCCACUAUUA